AUGUCGUCUCACACUAUACCUAUGGCCCAUACAAUGCCGGGUGUUUCUGCUGGCUCGGUUGGCGUAGAUCCCGCUUACUGGAGGACCCACGAACUGUCGAGAGAAUAUUUGUCUCCAGGGACAUUGCAUCCGUCACCAGGAGGAAACUCAUCCGCCCACGAUAGUGCGCAAAGUAUAACAUCCACUGCACAAACACCACAAACAGAUAACAGUCGGAAGAAUUCCUCUGUGGAGAACGGACAGCAGAAUGGCCAAAAAAGCAAGCAAGCCGCAGCCGAUGCCAGUCAAAGAGCGUCUGUCGCCGUCGCAUGUGUCCCCUGCCGUAGCAGGCAUUUGAAAUGCGAUGGUGGUGUUCGUUGUUCAAGAUGUCGAGCGGAUGGAGUCGAUUGUACUUACAUCAAGUCACGACGUGGAUGGAAGGGCAAGAGGAAGACCAAGCGGGAAGAUCAAAUUUCGCCAGUUGCCAUCAACGGCGCGCAGGUCCCUCAAAUUCCCAUCAGUAAUGGCCAUAUGGUGAGCAAUGGCACCAUGGUCACCACUGGCCAGCUACAAUCACCCAACUCCUACUACAAUGGUGAAGCACCUAUUAUGAAUCAACUCAGCCCCACAAAUGGACUCGGCGUUCAAUCCAUGCCACCGCCGGCUGCUCCCCAGCAGCUCAACAUGAACGGAACUGCAAGAGUGAAUCGGUUCGGUCACCUCGGUCCCGAGACGGCAAUUCAGUCGUUCUUCCAUUACUUCUACAACUCACAUCCGUUUUGCCUACCAGAGCCGCGAUUACUGGAGGUCUUCAACCAGCGAAAGGCCCCGUUACUAGAGUACGCGGUGCAGUACCUUGGCUCGAGUUAUCUUUCUGCGAUGCCCACGGAAAUGUACAAAGAAGCUUUAAAUCGGAACAUCAACAGCGGAAACUAUGCAAGAGACGGUUGGUCAGUACAGGCGUUGUUGCUCUAUGCCAUUGGUCUUCACGCAAAUAACGAAGUUCCGCGAGCAGCUCAAAUUUUUGCUGCUGCACAAGACCUGACGCUUGAGGUUGGGCUCAACCGCAUGGAGUAUGCUCUCAUACACGGAGAAUCAGACCCGCAGUUUGAAGAGAGUUGGCGACGGACGUGGUGGUCGAUGUACACUGCGAAUGGGAUGCUAUGUGCAGUAAACCCGGGCGUACAAUUCAAGCUCAAAGACAUAUUGACAGACGUUCCGCUACCAUGCGAGAACGAUCAGUACCUUUCAGGGCACAUCCCUUACCCUGCGACCCUUGUAGAUUAUGACGACUCCGCUUUCAUGCCCACCCUUCCGGUUUACUCGUCCUUCACCUACCUGAUUGACGCCAUCCGCAUCCUUGGAAAGGUCUUCGAGUGCGCGCGUCUCGACUCAACUUUUGAAUAUCACGCUGUUGAUGUCGUCGAUCAGUACCUCUGCAACUGGCGUCUGCAUCUUCCCGCCAGCAAAUUGGAUAUCGUUAACAAUGACGGUGUAGUCGACGAGGUCCUUUUCCAGGCACACAUGGUCAACGCAGGUAGCACGAUCAUGCUGCACCGGCCCAGAAGCAAUCUGGGCUUCGGCCGGGUGGAAGGUGUGAACAUAUGUGUGCAGCCAGGCCAAGUCCUCCUACCCACCCAAACUCGCGAGAUCCACACCGCCAAGUGUCUCACCUCCGCCGAAAACAUCAGCUCUUUGAUCCGCCUCCCCGGCCAACUACUACACCACACACCCUUCUUUACGUGUGUGGUCGUAAUGGCAUCUGUCGUCCACCUCUCGUACUGGUCCUUCCUUGUUCCCGAUGGGCAAGACGAUAUCGUCAAGCAGUCGAUCCGCCUGGACGUGGGCGCGUUGCAGCAGUACAGCAACACAUGGCCAAUUGCAAAUGUAGUGUUGGGACAAGUGAGGGGAGUAGCGCACACGUUGUUCAACAGCAAGAAGGCCAUGAGCAUUCAUCUCUGGAGCAACAUCGCACAGGGCGAUGUUAUUAGGGAUGUUAUCGAGGAUGGAGGCAAUGUACCGCCGCAGCAGUACGCGCAGUUGAUUGCACCGAUGCUCAAGUCGUAG